AUGUCUGCCCCUCAGAGCGAAACCUUCAAGCAGGCUGUCAUCGACAGCAAGAAGCUUACCCAGAAGCCCAGCAACGAUGAGCUCCUCGAGCUCUACGCCCUGUACAAGGUCGGCACUGGCGAGAAGAUCGCCGAUGCCCCCAAGCCCGGCAUGUUCGACCUGAAGGGCAAGGCCAAGUACAACUCGUGGCAAAAGGUCGUCGACGAGGGCAAGACCGUCGAGCAGGCCCAGGAGGAGUACAUCGCUCUCGUCAACAAGCUCAAGGAGUCUUACGGCUACGACGCCAACAAGGAACCCGAGACCGUCGGCGCGUAA